AUGGACGACGACGCCGGCUCCAACCAAGUGCAGGUGGUAUCCGCGCUGGAGCAGUCGGUGAUACCAGCCCAGAGAAUGCUGUCGACCUUUGAGAGAGUCUUCACCACCCACGCUCCUAUCCUUGAAUCUCUGCUGCUUCAGAUCCCCACCGAUACCAUCCUUAAACUCUACCACUCUUCAGCCUACCUCCGAUCCUUCCUCCGAUCGUACCCGACAGCAUGGAAGCAGCUAUCGUUUCGCCUAUUUUAUCCAUCCAGCAACCCAUCUCCGCUGCGCGUGGUGGUACCGGGUAGUUCGGAUGCGAUCGUCUCUCGACAGUCACGACCCUAUGCGCUGGAUCAGCUGCUGAUGCACGUGGUCAUCCCGUUUAGCCCGUGUCUGACCAGUCUGGAGUUGGACAAUACGGCGGUAUCCGGGCAGAUUCUCAUCUCGACCGUCCUAUAUUCGCGACGUGAAACCUUGGAGCAUUUAUCGGUCCGUGGAUGCAAGAAUGUUUCCCUCAAAUACCAUAUAAUCCCUUACCUAAUGAUGUUUGGACUACAAUAUGAUGUGAGCAUGGAGAAGAACAUCGGCAGCUCGCCGUGCACCAAAAACCUGGCCCUUAAAAGUUUGUACACCUACCGCUGCCGCCAUCAUCGGCGACGACCGUAUCUGUCGUCGUCUUUAACGCGGAAGGACUCGGAUUCGGAGCCAACGCAUGAACUGGUUAAUCUCUGCCACAAGCUAGGGAUCUGGACCGAUACGGCGUGGUGCUCUACCCCUGCUGGAAGAUGCCAUAGACGAAGGGGUUAUGUGUCCAUGAGGGUUCCUCAGGGAUCACCAGAGGUCUGGGUGGUUUUUGAUCGGUUAUGGAGAUCGAAGAACUGGAUUGGCCCCGUUGACCAGGGAUUCCGCCCACCCAAGAAGGAUGGCAAGUUGUGGGAGCACCGCGAGACGGGGUGCCACGGCGAACCCCUGGGGACCGGGGAAGGAAGGGACUACGGCGAGGGCAAGAAGCUGCCGGCGCACCGACGCUGGAGCCACAGGCGAUUCGUGGAAAACAUCCGAUGCGAUCAUUGCUGCGAGCCAAUUUCGGAGCGCUGUGAACAAUGUAGCAUUUUGAUGCACUGCGUUGGCUGUCGGAAAACCCUCUGCGCCAGCUGUGCCUACGAUCGUCCCUAUGUCCGCUGUCGUCCCCGUGGCUCUACUCCCGAGGAAACGCCAGACGCACUGUGGUGGGCGCCUGGUGCCGUUCAUUCUCCUUGUCUCAUGCAAGAUCCUCCAGGCCACUUGCUAGGAACCAACGCUGUGAACCAACACACCGCGCUUCCGUACCCGAACUUGAGUUUUCGCUGGUGCUGCACGGAACCAAUCUUCUCGGGCGGCGGUGGCAUCAGCAUCGGAACGCCGAACCGGGAUGUCGAUCAGGUUCGAGCGGCACCUCUUCCACGAGGGCAGGGCUGGGAGGAUAUGGAGUACUCGGCCAACGAGUGGAGUAAGACAUUUCCGAAAUACGCCUACGGCGAUCCCCAAAAGCCUGACUACACGCUGGAAGCAGGGCACCUGGCCAUGAUGAAAUGGUUGCUUGGCCCUCCAGACCGAGACCCGACCGCUUGCCCGCGGAACCUGUGUCAGGAAUGCUACGACACGCCGCAAUGGAAAGUUCACUGCAAGAGCUGCUCUAAGCCUUUGUGCAUCGAGCACGACCUCCGCGGUCUUCGCCUACGGAUCUGCGGGUAUCGUGACUUGACAUUGGAGAAGAUGGCCAUCCAGACUCGAACCGUGGGAGUUUCCCAACUGGGCUCCCCUUCCUACGUCUCGCCACCUCUUCAGUUCGCCAGCCCCCCGCCUGAGUUUGAUCUGCCGUAUCGAACUCAACGCGCGGCCGGCUCGGCAGCCAGCAGCUAUAUUGAGGAUGUCCCCACCGAUGGCAUCGCCGAGAGUCUCGACCAGCCGGAGGUUUCCUCUCAUCCCAUCGAGCCUCAUCGAUCUAGGAGCUUUUCCAUCUCGAACUCCAACCGAUCACGCUCUUCAUCUCCCGCCUCGGUGUACGGCGAGUGGUCGAUAGAACCUACGAAAUGGCAAGGCUGUCAGUCUUUCUUCUGUCCCCAGUACCGCGCCGUCGGCGAUCAGCGACAACGGUGCGCCAGUGUCCUGCGGGAAUGCACGAGUUGCUCGGUGCAUGUAUGCGAGGAAUGCAUCGAAGCGAACCCUCCCUGCAACUGCACCUAUUGCGAGGUGAACUAUCUCUGCCCCAACUGCCUAAGGAUCCGGGAACGGGAUGGAACCUGCCGUCGCGUGGACGAAGAGAGAGAGCGACGGGAGCAGCAAUGGAAGAAAGAUAUGAAGAUGCUCGAGGGCAUCGUCGAGACCAAAAUUGCCAACGAGGUUGCCGAAUAUGCAGGUCAGUUCUUUGACGCCGUUGAGCAGCCGGAUAUCAUGGUGGAGGAGGUGGAGGAUGUCGAGGAUGUCGAGGAUGUCUCCCAGAACGCCCACGCCCCUUCUUCGACCUAUCAGGCCGGCAGCCACGUCAAUGCAUCCGGGACAGAGCUGUUCUUGGAGGAUAUUUUUACCGAUAGUACCGAGUAG